GAUUUAGCUGCAGAGGUGCGCCACAUAUUUUACCCGGUAUUUCAGUUUCUCUACAGCAUCUCAUCGGUCUAUUUUCCCUGGCGGUGUCGGUCGAAUAGCUUACAGCUACGUUCAGUAAUAGAUACACGAGCGCAGGCUUCUGAACUUUCUCAGUUUCCUCCUUUCCUGGAGCAUCAUUGUGCUCUGACUGCAUAUUCAAGUCCUACAACUGACUGUUACUUCAGCCCUGUGUGUAAUGGCCGAUCUUUCGCGCUACCACAGUUGCGAAUUUCACUUGGACGGCGGCCUCGCCCGCACUAACAGUGUUGCGACUUCAAUGUAUUUAUACUAACCACUACCGGCAAAUACUCAGAGUCUUAUUACGAGAUUAAAGACGCUGUGACGUCACCUCCGGAAAACGCCGUAUUGCCCGUGCCGUUGAGAUCUGAGAGUGCCUCGCCGAGUGGGAGUGCAUUUGCCUAGAUCUGGUGCUGCGCGGUUUGCACAAGCUAGGUGGACGCAGAGCUCCAGGUACGAGGCGUUGGCUGCGGCCCGACUGGUUCUGAGCGGCACGGAAAGCAACAACUUAGUUUGUGCCGAGUGCGGUAGUGCGUGUGGUGACCGGUGUUUUGCUUGCAGUGUUCGCGCACACCUCGACGGCUUGAACUUGGUGGUGGCCACAGUGGAGAUGAUACUGGAAUUCCGCGAACACUCACGAUUCGGAAUUGCUAUAAACCACUCCGGGCAGACGACCUUUGCCUUCGUUUGAGCGUUGGUGAUCUACUUCUUGGAUUCUUAGUUCUGUCGUGAUGCGUCCGACUCGAGAAAGACUCCUCACCAAUUGUGAAGUGCAGCACGUUUUUGUUAUCCAACAACACUUGAUAAGCGCCCGAGGCACUUGUGGGGGUGAACAGUUACUAUCUCUUGUGCGAAGAUAUGAGUAUUCUGAGUAUUCACGAUCCCAUCUCCACGCUAUCACCUCGCUCCCGCAGGACGUGGACAGAUGGUGCCUGUCGAGCCUUAUCAGGAGAGCGACGGAGAGGUGUGAACGAUGACAGUGUAACAUCGAAAGUGUCACCCAGGGUGGUGGGUGUUACACGCGCCGGUCCUGUCGGCUGGACGCUGCACUGCCUGGUCGCCAUCUUGAUGUGCGGUAUGAUGAAGGUGUUACCCUUGGGUACGCCUGCUGAGGCAUCUGCCGCCUGGCACCAGUCCAACCGAGCCUCCGGGACAUCAACAACAAGCUCCCGCUCGAAUUAUGAAUAUGAGGAGGGCCUGUCGAAAGCCUAUGACGAACUGCCCAGGACCGGACAGCACGCCAUGUUCCCAGAAGUGGAGGAAGAUCGCCGAUCCGCCAUUGUUCCCCCCGAGGAGCUGAGCUACAUGAAGGACAUUUACAGUCAAAGAAAUGAGCAACUGCAUGCGGCCAGGAUGGUGAGCGGCGAGGGGAAAUGCCAAAGUCCCUCUUCGACAGUUGUACAUUCCUACCCGUACAGAGGACUUCAGGACCGCCACCUGCAUUUCAGAGUUCACAGGACCGCCGACAGUGAGGACCUCUGUCACGCAGCGCUGCGCAUCCACCUGGUCUCCUCGGGAAACCUCCAGUCCACAGCUGGAUACCUGCGGAGACUGAGAGGCAGUUUGCUAAUCAGGUUGGACAUAUUCGCUCUCCGACCCUACAGCAAUGCCACCAUGCUAAUCACCUCGCAAACAAGAACCCUUCCGUCCAUCGACUCCAGUGGCUGGUUCAGUCUGGACGUCAUGGACGCACUGAGCAUGCACAGUCGGCACUCAAAGGGCGACUUCAACCUGUUCCUCAUGCCCUACGUGCAGAUGUACAGUAGUGGUGCAAGGGUGAGGAUAACGACGGGUCGUCGCCAUGACAAUCACCCCCAGCUAGUGGCGUACAACUACGUGGAUCCGGAUGCGGAAGAUGAGGAGUUUCUGGCGGCUUUGCAGAGGGUUCGGGAGUUACAAGACAGUGCAGAGCAGGGUACGGAGCAGCAACAUCAAGAACAGGAAGCGAGCAAGGAGAACAGUCUGUACGCCCGUCGGAGAAAACGAGCCUUCUUCUUUCACACUCAGCACUGCAAAGUGCAUCGGAGGAUCGUCCCCAUGAGUGCAAUUGGAUUUCCGCAUGCCAUUAUUCCCAGUCAGUUCCCAAUGACCUAUUGCCAGGGCUCCUGUCACCAUCCUGUCGUCCACCCUAUCGAGUCCAGUGUACACGGACGAGUCAUGGCAUUGCUCAACGUGAUGGGCAGCAAACGCCAGCGACCUCGGGCUCCACAGCCUUGCUGCGCACCCAGAGGCUUGCUAGCCGGACUGGACAUUAUCUACUUCUGGCCGUAUGGUGGCUUCACCAUACGUUACCAUGCCAACAUGAUAGCGACGGCAUGCGGCUGCGAUUGAGGCAAUUUGAGCAAGCAACGGAUUCCCCUAUCAGUUUGUUCAAGAGCACAUAACCUAUGGGAGUUUUUUUAAGCAACGGAUUCAAUUGCCAGUUUGUUCAAAAGUACAAUGUACCUAACGCCUGAGAGUUGUGUACUCCUGGUUGAAACAUGCAGUGCGAGUGUUGAAUUCAUUGAGUACUUGUUAUUACGGUAAGGUAUAACCUUGGUAACACUGAUUUGAGAAACAAUAUAGCCUUGAAAAGAUACAAACCUGCUACUUGACAUAACUAAGCUACUAUCAAGAGUAAAUGUCAGGAAUUUUGCGUACUUUUAUUUCUAUCUGCUGUCAUAUCGUGGAUAAAAUAGUUUUUGAGUACAUGUAGGUGGGGAAAACUUCCAUGUUAUCCUCCGUCCAUUGUCAUCAGUCCCACAUUAUUAAUGGUGAUGCACCCGGUGUCUGUUUUACCCAGUACAGUACCACGAAUCAUAACGAUAUUCUAAUUGAGGAAUGCAAUAGCUAUUGUAAGUGAAAAACGUGCUUGACUUGAGCACAUGGACGAUUUAUCCUUACCACCCUUUUCUAUAACCUUUAUAUGGCCGGUGGUGCUCCCGUCGUUCUUUAUCGUCAUCUAAAGCAUCAAAGUAACAAACUUCUAACAUUA